UACAUAAUUCCAAUUUUGAUAUGAGAAGUACGAAUCCUAAAGGAACUUUAACUAUUCAUAUGGUGAAGAUUCUCUCAUACUCUUUCAAGAUAGUUUAUAAUACUUUUCCAGACUUUUCCAUUGUUAAUGGAUACGUCUAAUUUUUCGGGGUACUUUAAUACUUAAGUAGUAGUACUUAAGCAUCACGAGUCGCGUUUUUAACGCGUCAACUAACUAAGCGAUGGCGCCUCGGAGGGUAAUUGCCGACUCUGACGACGAAGAUGGAGACGACAGUCCACUAAGUCCUCUCAAAGAAGACGAAAAAGCUGAUCGUCCUGAGGUAGAACCAUUAAGUCCAUAUCAUAGGCCGUCAAGCCCCGGUGUGUUGGAGGCCAACAACAAUAUAUCUGAUAUUACGGAUCAAUCUUUCUUUGCAAGCGUUUAUGAUGAGCAACAGAGUAGGGCUCUGCACCAGUCUCAUCUUAUCGAAAACAUAGUCCGUCAAAGCCAGCAAGCGAGCAGAAGUAGCGGAGAGGUCUCCAUUUUGGAACUAGGAAAAGGCAACAAAAUUGACGUUUCUUCGGUUACGAAUGUCACUUCACCGGUAGUCUUGAAAAAGCCUAGAAAUCACCCAUCGCUCCUCAGCGAUGGUGCUUCUGGCGUAACUACACGGCAAAAGAGCGUUCCGGGAGAAUGGGAUGUGCCCAGUAGUGCAGAGGACGCGAUGGUUUCAAGGGUCAGUAAAAUUUCUAAGGGGAAGAAUGAGAAGUCAUAUGGCAAGCGAAGAAGAAGCCAGUCGAAAGCAAUUAGGGGCUCUGCUGCAGCAGAUAUAUUCAUGGGGUAUGAUGGCGGUGCAAGUGGAGAGUCAGUUCGGGACACAACUCGACAUAAUGAAAUGCUUGCUCCAAGUCAUAGAACCGAGCAAUCACCACUACCCGCAUCUAAGCGAAAGGGAAUCUCAAACCAUGACUUUGUGGUACGAGAGACGGCCCCUGUAGCAAAUUUUUAUAUCGCCCAGAGCAACCUCACCACUAUGCAGAAACUCGAAUAUGAGAAGGUUAAUGUAUCACAAAAUGGAUAUUCCAACCUUCCCGGCCCCCUUACUAAUGUAAAGUCGAGCGGCAUGUCGACGGUUGCGUAUCCAACGCCUAGCAGAUAUGCAUCUUCUUCUGGGCCACCGCUUCCGUGGGAACGAGGCUCUGCUGCUGAUGUCGAACCUGACGAAAGCGUUGAUUUCGUGAAUAUAAUGUCUUCACCGGAUGUCAUUACAGCUGGCCAUGAUCAUACGGAAAGAGAACCAACAGAAGUAGCACUUAUGGAUACUCAGAUAACAUACGACGAGGCUGAGCCUCCACUUGAAGACACUACGCUGAGGAGCGUAUCUAAUAAGAAGAAAAAGAGGACGAGAAGCAUACGAAAUGAAAAUGAAGAUGAAGAUGAGUUACAAGAUGAGCCUUUCGACUAUGAGACUACUCGUCAUCAAGACAAAAUCAAACGAAGGCGUAAUGAACCAAAGCUAGAUCCACCCGAUCCACAAGGAGAUGAUGAUAUUGAACUUCUUCCAAAUCCACAAGUGGAAAUACCUCGGGAACAGAAUUAUCAGGACCUACCUGGAGAAGAAGCACAAGAGGCCAAUGAUGCGGUCCCUGAGAUACCUGCAACGGCACCCCCUGUUUCUUCCAACGCGCCUGAAGACAAUCUCCCGGAAACUCAGCCUGCGCCCCAACCAAAGAAACGCGGGCGCAAGAAAAAGCAGGUUAUAAGCGAAAAAGUGAUACAAGAAGAGCUGCCAGUCGAAACGCAUGCUGACGCUCAGGAAGACGCCCCUACUGGUAAAGACCCAGAGGUACAAAUUGAGCCGGAGAAACCUAAGAAGAAACGAGGCCGGCCUCGGAAGUCAGACUUAGCAAAAUCCGAAACGGUACCAACUUCUGAAUCUGAACUCAAUCCUACACAUAAGGCUCAUGAGGAUGACGCCCAGCAUAACGAAACCGAUUCAAAGAAUGAAGCGACCGAGAAGCCGAAGCCCAAGAAAAAGCAAAAAGCCAAAAAUCGAGUGGAAGAAGAAGAGGAGGAGGAGGAGGAGGAAAUGAAAGAUCCAACCCCAGAUAAGGAUGACGCCGAAGACACGGUGAAAGAGAUUAGUGGCAAUUCUAAAUCAUCUGAAGAACCCGCAUCGGCGGAGGACGUACCUGCAAAACCUAUCCCUAAACCGUUGGCUGAUCAACGCAAAUCCGAGGAGAAAGCAAGCCCGGCCUCUAAGGUUGCGACGACGUCUUCACAACCCAAGGUACCCUAUCGAGUUGGCUUGAGCAAACGGACGCGGAUACAAUCGCUACUGAAAAUAAUUAAGAGGUAGAACGAACUCGAUAGAAUACCUACAUGUUGAUAGGAUCUAGCCCUUAUUGGCGUUGGAAUUCGAAUUGCUUCUUCGCACGUAGAGGGUUUUCGAACACAUCAAAAAGACCUAAAAGAUUAAUAAUAUGAAGCUUACUCAACUUCCAUUUGUUGGGACAUCAUUCGGGCUAGAGAAUAAGCCGGGUACAGCAGAUGUCAAGUACGGUACGCAUGGCUAUAUAAGGCACGACAAGUGAGAUGGUAUUUGACUUGAUCGCAUGUGCGGCUACAAGUUGGUUGCGAGGAAAUCUCACAGACAAAUUUCCAAACAUGAGUACUUCUUAAAUUCCUCAAACAUAGGUACCUAAUAGAAGCUUAAUGAAUAA